UCUCUGUGCUCUGCUCAGACCCCUCAGAUCCUGGUUCCCCUGUGCUUGGCAGCCCUGUGCAUGGCCCUGGUGAGGAGAUGCUGGCCAAGCUGGGAUCCUGUCUGCUGCUGUCAAUUGCACUGCUCAGCCCAGGCCCCAGGACCCAGGCCAUGAAAGGUGUCAAAUGUGGAGGUGUGCUCUCAGCACCUUCAGGAAACUUCUCCAGCCCCAACUUCCCGAGAUUGUACCCCUACAACACGGAGUGCAGCUGGCUGAUCGUGGUGGCCGAGGGGUCCUCUGUGCUGCUCACCUUCCAUGCCUUUGACCUGGAGUACCACGACACCUGUGGCUUCGACUUUCUGGAGAUCUACAAUGGGGCCUCUGGAGACAGGGGCAACCUGCUGGGGCGGUUCUGUGGCCGGGUGCCCCCACCACCCUUCACCUCCUCCUGGCACGUCAUGUCCGUGGUCUUCCACUCAGACAAGCACGUGGCCAGCUGGGGCUUUUCCGCGGGCUACCAGAAAGAUGUGUGUGGUGGCGUCCUGACCGGCCUGUCGGGGGUGCUCACCAGCCCUGAGUACCCCAACAACUACCCCAACAACGCAGAGUGCCGCUGGGUGAUCCAGGCUGCUGGGCCCGCUGCCGUCAAGCUGGUGUUCGUGGACUUCCAGGUGGAGGGCAGCGAGCAGUGUUCCUAUGACUAUGUGGCUGUGCUGGGGGGGCCUGGCCCCGCACGUGGGCACCACUACUGUGGUGGCACCAGGCCUCCCACCCUGGUGUCACUGGGCCAUGAACUGCAAGUGGUCUUCAAGUCUGAUUUUAACAUUGGAGGCCGGGGCUUCAAGGCCCACUACUUUUCAGGAGAAUGCCAGGAGGUGUACACAGCUGUGCGUGGCAACUUCUCCAGUCCACAGUACCCCAGUUCCUACCCCAACAACAUUCGCUGCCACUGGACUGUCCGCCUGCCUCCCGGCUACCGGGUCAAAGUGUUCUUCCUGGACCUGGACCUGGAGGAACCCAACAGCCUGACCAGGGCCUGUGACUUCGACCACCUGGCAGCCUUUGAUGGGGCCAGUGAGGAGGCACCACUGCUGGGGAAUUGGUGCGGCCACCACCUCCCACCACCUGUCACCUCGAGCCACAACCAGCUCCUGCUUCUGCUGCACACAGACCGCAGCUCCACCGGCAGGGGCUUCUCAGUGGCCUAUAUUGGAGGUCAGCUGGGGUUGGGGGAGUGGGACGCUGAGGGGAGGGGGGCUCUGCAGUCUCCUUCCUCCAUCUCACCAUUGUCCCCCUACCCCAUGGACAGUCUCCUCCAGCCUCUUCUUGGGUCAUAUGCCCAGAAGGGCCUGCAUCUGGACCCACUGCACCCUCUGUCUGACCAGGUAGAGCUCUUCUUUUCUCAGGUGGACUGGUCCCUGUGGGAGCCCAGGGUCAGACAGAGCACUCCACUGGGCCAGGCUCCAGAUGGGGCCCAGGCUGCAGGCAGCCUUCCUACUGGUAGGGCAGUCACAGCAUCAGUCAGGGGUGACACACAGUUCAGCGCCACCAAGAUCAUCGUGGGAGACGUGGUGCCCAUGAAUGUGAGUUGCUCCCGCACGGACUUCCAGAUCUUGAUCUCCACCCAGGCGUUGGCUUCGCUGGACAGGACCAAUGUCUACCUGGGCAGCCGGAGCUGUGCCGCCCAAGAAGUCGGCAGCAACUUCCGGAUCCAGGCCCGCUUUGACACCUGUGGCACUGAGUCUCAGAGAAGAAACAACACCUCAGUGAUCGUCAGCGUCCUGUACAUCGACUUCUCGGCCGCUGGGCAGGAGGACGUCCAUGCAUACGAGGUCCGCUGUGAGCCCCGGCGCAAGGAGGCUUCUGUCCACCUGCUCUCUGGCUCUGACUGGCUGGGGCCCUACGCUGCCACUGCUGAGCACCUUCAGGAGGCACCUCCUAGGGACGAGGCAGAGGGACUGGAGGGCCCAAUGACCAUGGUGGCCCAGGACACCAGUGACAUCGUCUUCCUGGGCCUCUGCAUCCUGGCUGGAAUCCUCAUGGUCAUUGCCAUUGUGGUCCUGAUGCUGCUGUGA